GCUGGCACCGUGGACUACAACAUCGCCGGGUGGCUUGACAAGAACAAGGACCCCCUGAAUGAGACCGUGGUGGGGCUCUACCAGAAGUCUGGACUGAAGACUCUGGCUUUCCUGUUCUCCGGAGGACCAAGUGCUGAAGCAGAGGCUGGUGGUGGUGGAAAGAAAGGUGGCAAGAAGAAGGGUUCUUCCUUCCAGACCGUAUCUGCUCUUUUCAGGGAGAAUUUAAAUAAGCUGAUGACCAACUUGAGGAGUACUCACCCCCACUUUGUACGCUGCCUCAUUCCCAAUGAAACUAAAACUCCUGGUGCCAUGGAGCAUGAACUGGUGCUACACCAGCUGAGGUGUAACGGUGUGCUUGAAGGCAUCCGCAUCUGUAGGAAAGGGUUCCCCAGCAGGAUCCUUUAUGCAGACUUCAAACAGAGAUACAAGGUUCUAAAUGCAAGCGCUAUCCCAGAGGGUCAGUUCAUUGACAGCAAGAAAGCUUCUGAGAAGCUUCUAGGGUCUAUUGACAUUGACCACACCCAGUACAAAUUUGGUCACACCAAGGUGUUCUUUAAAGCUGGUCUUCUGGGAACUCUAGAGGAAAUGCGAGAUGAAAAGCUGGCUCAACUCAUCACACGCACACAAGCCAUGUGCAGAGGAUACCUGAUGAGAGUGGAGUUCAAGAAGAUGAUGGAGAGGAGAGAAUCCAUCUUCUGCAUUCAGUACAACGUCCGUGCCUUCAUGAAUGUGAAGCACUGGCCCUGGAUGAAGCUGUAUUUCAAGAUCAAGCCUCUGCUCAAGAGUGCGGAGACUGAGAAGGAGAUGGCCAACAUGAAGGAAGAUUUUGAGAAGACCAAAGAAGAGCUGGCUAAGUCAGAGGCAAAAAGAAAAGAGCUGGAAGAAAAAAUGUUAACCGAAAGGGCAGAGGAUGAGGAAGAGAUCAAUGCUGAGCUGACGGCCAAGAAGAGGAAGCUGGAGGAUGAAUGCUCAGAGCUGAAGAAAGAUAUUGAUGACCUUGAGCUGACACUGGCCAAGGUUGAAAAGGAGAAGCAUGCCACAGAGAACAAGGUGAAAAACCUCACAGAGGAGAUGGCAGGCCUGGAUGAAAACAUCGCAAAGCUGACCAAAGAGAAGAAAGCCCUGCAGGAGGCCCACCAGCAGACGCUGGAUGACCUGCAGGCGGAGGAGGACAAAGUGAACACCCUGACCAAGGCCAAAACCAAGCUGGAGCAACAAGUGGACGAUCUUGAAGGGUCUCUGGAACAAGAAAAGAAACUUCGCAUGGACUUAGAAAGAGCCAAGAGAAAAUUGGAAGGUGACCUAAAGUUGGCCCAAGAAUCCACAAUGGACAUAGAAAAUGACAAGCAGCAACUUGAUGAGAAACUCAAAAAGAAAGAGUUUGAAAUGAGCAAUCUGCAAAGCAAGAUUGAGGACGAACAGGCCCUUGGUAUGCAGCUGCAGAAAAAGAUCAAGGAGUUACAG